AUGCCUUCGGUCGCCGAAAUCCAUCAACUUUCUCCUAAUCACUCCAUGGACCCACCAGCCAAACGUCUCAAGAUGGACUCUGAUGCGCCUCGCAUCGACAUCGAGGCGGUAGCUGCCGACUCCACCUCAUAUCAAGACGUUGGUCCUCUUCCCACCACCUCCGAAACCGAGCGAGUCGACGACCUCGAUCCCAUCCCCGUCUGCACCUCUACUCUCGAGUACCGCAACGGUAUCUUCCUUGCCCCCAUGGUCCGCAUUGGUACACUCCCUACGCGUCUGCUCUCGCUCGAAUAUGGUGCCGACCUUGUCUGGGGACCCGAAAUCGUCGACCGCGCCAUCAUCGGCUGCGAACGCAAAGUCAAUCCUCACACCGGCGUCGUGGAAUACCUCAAGGAUCACAAACAAAUCUUCUCGUGCCAUCCCAUCGAACGUCCCUACCUUGUCUAUCAGCUCGGCUCCGCUGAUCCACAUCUUGCGUUCCAGGCGAUUAAAACGAUUACCCAGGCAGACGACGUCGCUGCCGUCGAUCUCAACUGCGGCUGCCCCAAACCUUUUUCCACGCACGCCGGCAUGGGUGCCAAUAUGCUCUCGACUCCCAUCCUGCUGUGCAACACACUCAAGGCGAUGCGUCGUGCUGCGCCAGCACAUGUUGCGGUCACGUGCAAAAUUCGGCUCUUGCCGACGCAAGAGAAAACUCUCGAGCUGGUUGACAAGAUUGUUCGCACGGGUGCGAUCGAAUGUCUCACCGUUCACUGCAGGACCAAGGAUAUGCGUCCACGCGAGCCAGCUCUCCUUCAUCGAUUGAGGGAAAUUGUUGAUCACGUCAACAGUGUCGCUACCGAGAUGGGAAGGACCAUCCCAGUGGUGUGCAACGGCGAUGUCUGGGAUGCGGCUACCGUCCCACGCAUCAAGGAGCUGACCGGCGUCACGUCGACCAUGAUCGCAAGAGGUGCAGAGGCGAACCCUUCUUGCUUCAGACCGCAGGGGAAUGUGAGCAUUCCGCAAGUGAUCGCGCCGAAGUGGGUAAAGUAUUCGAUCGCGCUCAAUAACCCAGUGGGAAAUACCAAGUACUGCAUGGCGCAGCUCGCUUUCAAGCCGGCUGAGGCGGGAAAUGCCAAGGGAAUGUCCAAGAAGCAACUCUCCGCGCUGCGUAUGGGCAUUUCGCACGCAAAGACGCACGAAGAACUAGCAGCUGUAUUUGGGAUCGAUGCAGAGCAAGUCAAGUCUCAGAGCGUCGAAAAGCAAAUACUGAAGGAUCUUAGAGAGGCAUUGGAAGAGAGAGUCAAGCGUCACGCCACAAGUCACAGCGGUUCCGGCUCCGAUGGUCAGCGAUUGGGCGCUGUCGUCAACAACGCUAGCAACUCUUUGGAUCAAUCAUCUGCGGGUGGACAGCAGAACAAUGACGGUCAUGCUUCCGGGCCUGAUCAGAACAAAGCCACAUCCAACUCACCCCAGCCCGAAUGGAAGCAGAUCCUCGCCGACGGAAUCGGUGACAACAUCAAGAACGAAAAGUCCAUCCUCUACUAUGCUUUUUCGACGGUGGAGCAGCCUAGCUCGGUUCACGACGCGGCCAAACCGCACGUUCGAUACGUUGUUCACCGAGGCUUCGUUAACGAGAAGCGCGACGGAGACGCCGAGGGGGGCGUUGCGUCGCAUAAUCCGGCGUUCGGUUCGAGUCCAUGCCUCAUGACCACUACCGACGUACGCACGCCCAAGGUGCAACAGCUGACUUCGCAGAGCAGUCUGCGCGCGCAUGGUCACGAUGGCAGUCGUUGUGGAGAAUGCGAGAUUUCGUGGUGGAUCGAAUCCACACAAAUGCAAUUCCGAAUCUCGGGCACCGUGCAUGUCUUGCCUACCCCCGGCCACCCGCUGCGAUCUUUGUUCCCGUUUGAACGCCUCUCUCCACCACGGGCGCCAGACGCGAUGGAUUCCGGCGAACCUUUCGAUUGGGACGCCGAGCGAACGCGAAUAUUCAACAAGCUCAAUGCAGGUCUGCUGGCGUCAUUCUGUCGACCCACACCAGGCAGUCCCCAUCCCAACGCUCACCGCUUGGACGCAGCUAAGCCCAAAGACGACACCAGCUCACCUUGGCCUCUGCAGCUUCCUCAACCGGGCAAGGAGGAGAACGAGGAGCAAAAGGAACAGCUCAAACAGAGCGAGAAAAAUUUCGCACUUGUUGUCGUCGAACCGUACAAGGUCGAUCUGGUCAACUUGGCCGAUGACACUAGGACAAUCUACGAGCUCGUCGAUGGCGAGUGUGCGGCUACAGGAAGAUGGACUAGUCGUCGUGUUGUACCCUAG